AUGUUAGUUAAAUUUAUUACUUUUAUCAAUAAUGAUGAAGGUAUUUUGUUUAACAAAUAUAUUAGACGAUUAAUCUCAAUAGGAAAUAGAAACAAAAACAAAGUUUUAUUAUUACCAAAUAUAUUCAGUAUUUUUGAAAUUUUAAGAACCAGUUUGCAAUGAUUAGAAGUUAAAGACUAAGAAAAUGAUUAUGAAUCUGACGAUAUUCAUGUUCAGUAUGAAGAAGCUUGAUCUUCUUAAUAAAGACAGGCUUCUUCAUCUCAGCAAUCUCAAAACUUAAGAUCACCUUUGUAAACAUUUACUCAACAUUUUAAAAAUUAAAACAAAGGAUUUGGCGGAAGACUUUUUACUGAUGAAACAGAAUAAUUGUUAAAAUGAACCAUAGAAAUAUUUAUAUAACAUGCCAAAAACUAACGAUAAGGCAAAUACAAACAAUGAAAAUUCAAAUAAUACUAAUUACAAUUCUAAAUAUAAUACUAAUGCAUCUAUUUAAAAACGCUAACAGUAGUCAGAAAGAAACUCAUAAGAAGUUAUAAAAAUUAAUUCCAAUCAAAAUAGUUACUCUUAAUCUUCUCAAUAAAUUACAAAUACACGAACUUAUUAGUAAUAAAUUAAUUGCAACUCUUUUUGGGAAAAAAAAGUAAAUUGCACGAAAUAGAUGGGUUUAAUGAGAAUUUUCAUGUAGAUUACUAUAGUUUCAAAAUAAAUUCAAAUUACAACCAAAUUAGUUUAAAUUUUUGUGAUAUUGCUUAAAAAUAAUUCAACUUCUCUCAAAAUUCAGAUGAUGAAAAUUAAGGUUAAUAAUCAAUUGAAAAUUAAACUCUAUAUUUCAAUAUUUGUUAGAAACUCUUAAUGGAUAUCUUAAGUAUUAAUAAAUGUGGUACUCUCAACUAAUAAAGUCAUAAAAAGUCAUAUUAAGAAUUUUAUAAACCAUGUUAAACAACAAAAGAAUGUGAAAAAAAAUAGAGUAGUUCUUUUAAAAAAGAAAGUUAAGCGAAGAAAGAGGUCUAGAAUUACUAAAAAUAUUAAAUAGUUUUAAGAUAUCAUAGAGGAAUAAUCAAUGAUUAUUUCACUCCAGAUAAAUCAUUAUUGGAAUCAAGUGAAUGUCUUGAGACAAUAUAAUCAGUGUCUGAUUUUGGAGAAAGUGAACAUCCUAAUCUCAGCUAUAGAUCAGAUAGCAAAUCUUUACAAUAAGUGA